UUCAGACACGCACGCACUCCUGCUAUAAAAGGGGGGACAGCACCCCCACCUUUUCCGAAACCUCAAAGCGCCCAGAAAAGCACCGAAACCACGUCCCAAUCCUAUCCGGAACUUGAUCCAAUCCCAGAGCUUUCCUCUUCUGAUUCUAUCUUCUGGGUCCUCCUCAUCUCUUCUUGAGCCAAAGAUACGUUCUUGCUUCGUUUUUCCUGUUCAAAUUAUGGAAUUGAUUCCGGGUCUGCCUGACGACGUAGCCCGAGAGUGCUUGAUCCGGGUGCCUUACGCCGGAUUCUCCGCCGUCGCGUCCACGUGCAAGGGCUGGAAGUCCGAGAUAGAACUUCCGCAGUUCCGGUCGCAGCGCAAAUCCACCGGCCGCAGCCAAACCAUCGUCAUCAUGGCUCAGGCCGUGCCCGACCCGGCCCGGAAAACCGGGUUCUCGAAGCUUUCCCACGGCCCGGUCUACCGCCUGACCACCUUCGAGCCGCCGUCGGGUUGCUGGAGCGAGUUGCCGCCGCCUCCUGGGUUCUCCGGUGGCUUCCCCAUGUUUUGCCAACUGGCGGCUGCCGGGUCAAAUCUCGUCCUCAUCGGCGGGCUCGAUCCGGCUUCGUGGGAGGCUUCCGGUUCGGUCUAUGUGUACAGUUUCAUAACCGGCACGUGGCGGCGCGGGGUCGACAUGCCGGGCGCGAGGCGGUCCUUCUUCGGGUGCGUGUCGGACGGGGAUCGGGUGGUGUUCGUGGCGGGCGGGCACGACGGAGAGAAGAACGCGCUGAGGUCCGCCCUGGCGUACCACGUUGAACGGGAUCAGUGGGUCCCGUUGCCCGACAUGGCGAGGGAGCGCGACGAGUGCAAGGCGAUCUUCCGCCGCGGCAAGCUCCAUGUCGUCGGCGGGUACAGCACCGAGAUGCAGGGGAAGUUCGCGAAGAGCUCCGAGGAGUUCGACCCGGCCUCAUGGCAGUGGGGCCCGGUGCGGGAGGAUCUCCUGGCGGCCAGCACGUGCCCGACGGCGUGCGUGGAGGGCGACGGGGAGGAUGACUUGUACAUGUGUAGGGACGGCGACGUGCUGGCGCUCAGAGGGUGCACGUGGCGGGCGGUGGCCAAAGUACCGGCGGACGUGUACAAUCCAGCUCACGUGACGAAGUGGCAAGGGAAGUUGCUCGUGAUUGGGUCUCCCAGAUCUGGCGGGGCCCAGAAGGUUUAUGCGCUGGACACGAGUUCAGGCAGUUGGACCAGCACGGAGUCGCCGGAAAAAUUCUCCGGCCAUGUUCAGGCGGGGUCUUGUCUGGAAAUUUAGGGGAAUUCAAGUUGAGUGCGGGAAUCAUGUACAUAACAACCUGUAGAUGAAAACUUUCGUUAUGGUGUGUUACUGUUCAUUGUAUUGGACUCGUCACAUCUUUGCGAAAUCACGUAAUUAGCGAUUGUCAAGUGACUGCAAACGACAGCACUUGUGAUUUUUCUGC